UAAAAGCGUUGGGCUGGUGGCAUCUUUAAGGGCGGCAGAUUAAUUGCGGCAGGAGCUUUCCUGAGCAUCCGACGAGUUGGGCUCUAGUUCACGAGCUUCUAGUCCGCAAGGAAUCGUGGUCGACUUCAAGAUGUCACAAGAUUUUUUUGCUCAGAGGAUCCACCUCGAAGGCCAUGGAGAUCCAGGAAAUGGACCUGAGAGAGAUGGGCUCCAUGAUCCAAUCUCGCGUGGUCUUGGAGGUGUCCAGUCAGGUCCAGUCGCUCCUGGAUGCCCUAGAGACCACCACACUAGAGAUCGCAGUGACAGGCGAAUCUGGUGCUGGGAAAUCCACCUUCAUCAAUGCUCUGCUGGGGCUUAAUGAUGGUGACCCCCAUGCUGCUCCUACUGGUGUAACUGAAACCACGCCUUCACCCACACCUUACCAGCACCCUCGCUUGCCCAGCGUCCAGCUGUGGGACCUGCCAGGCACUGGCACCCCAAGUUUCCAAGCCGAGCGGUACCUGCAACAGAUGGGUCUCGAGAGGUACGAUUUCUUCAUCAUCGUCGCCUCGGAGCGGUUCCGGCAGAACCAUGCCGAGCUGGCCCGUGCUGUGGGCGCCAUGGGCAAGCGCUUCUACUUUGUCCGUUCCAAGGUGGACCAGGACCUGUGGGCUUCGCAGCGACGAAGGCCAACCCAUUUUCAGGAGCUUCAGGUGUUGCGGGAGAUCGAGGUGGACUGCAUCCGUCAGCUGCAGAAAGAAGGUCUGGAUUCCCCCAAGGUCUUUCUGGUCUCCAGCUUCGAAUUGCACAGGUUUGACUUCCAGCGCUUGCAGGAUACUCUGGCCGAGGAGCUGGAGGACCACAAGCGGCAUGUCCUGCUACUUUCUUUCCCCUCCGUCACCGCUGUGGCCGUGGAGAAGAAGAAAGCGUCGCUGCGCAAGCACAUCUGGAAGAAGGCUUUGUUGGCCUGCGUCGUCUCAGCCUUGCCCGGCCUGCCUCUCCACCUCAAUAUCCCCAUGCUCAUGAACACUCUAGACUCCUACCGCAAAAGCUUUGGCUUGGAUGACUACUCUCUGGGGGCCUUGGCCAGCGCGGUCUCGAAGCCCUGCUGCGAAUUGAGAAGUCAGGUGUGUUCAACGUUGGGGAAGGAUCUCUCGGAGAAUGCCGUCCAGGCCAUCCUGAGCCAAGCUGCCCUCUAUGGACAGAUGGCUGCCCGGCUGUUGAAGAACAAAGUGCCCCUUUUUGACAACUUGGUAGCUGGGGGCAUCUCUUUUGUGGCUGCCUAUUACCUGCUGCACACCGCCCUAGAUAGCUUUGCGCAAGAUGCCCAGAGAGUUCUAGAAAGAGCCUACAGUCUGGAGGAUGAGGUCCAGGGCUCCCUCUGCUACCCUCCAGAUCCUGGAUUCAUUUACGACUGAGUAAAGUGCUUGGUAGCCAUGGACAAACACUCACCCACCCCUCUCUCUUUUAUCCUCCAUUUAUGCUAGUCCUAUGUCCCCAUCACUUAGGUCCAACUGGCCCAAGACAAUACAUCCCAAGUUUCUGUGCGAUCUUCGUGUUGACAGUUCCACCAAACAUCCUGAGAUAACUGCUGGAGAGAGGCCUUCCAAGAAUGGUGCUACAUAAAUUGGAAAUGUCCUGUGCAGUUUUUAAUAGAUAUGGUGGGUUAAAGAUCCUGGGGAAUUUUCCCUAGUGGAGAUGAAGUAUGCAGUGGAAUUACUUAUCAGAAUCCUACAUACGGUGGCCGGCGAUGCGUUGUCUUCUGGAAAAUUCUGAAUUGGAAAAUUUCCCAGUGCAAAUUAGGAUAAUUUGCAUAGGGUAGUCUGCAUAGGAAAAUGUUCAGUUUGCACUGGAAAAUUAUUGAUGACCUAGAGACUGAUCCAAUUUAGCAUGUUUCUUUUAUUAGUGUUUAAUAAACAAAGCUAGAAGGGUUGAAAUUGACAAGGUAGUAGCAUGUUUGCAGUUGGCAUCCAUUGGUUGUUAUUCAUGAACUGAAGAAAUGGAAAAUGUUCCACUCUGUGUCAUCGACGGUGGCCUUGACAAACACUCCAUAUUCUGCUGCCAUAACAGUAGAACGAUGCAGAUUUAAAUGCGUUCCUGGGCAGUGGUAGAGAACCAAACUCGUUGUGGUACCAUCUUUCCUUCGUGAAUAGCAAGCAUGGUGUAUGUGUGCUUGUGUGCAAUUCUGAUCAGGUUCAUGGAUUAAAGUUCCUCUCCACCCGUGCCAUGGUCUUGAUCUGACUCAUCAACUGUUUGUAAAAGGAAAACAGCAAUGCAAGGGGCCAACUACAUGACAAAUAACUUGUCUAGUUAUUUCCCCUAACUGGGGAAAAGGUAACAAAUUGGCUAAAAAUGUCUCCAGUUGAUGGUGACUGCAGGGUAGGGGUGGAGAAAUUGCACCUCUCUUUUCCUUUCUUUGCAGGAUAUUUUCUUUCCCAGUGGCAACGUGGGGGGGGGGAGAGAUGAUAACUGAGAGAGACUACGCUUUUGUUUCUGACGUUAAAUGGAUUUAACAGUAAGGAAUGCAGUGGGAGGGAGGCCACACAAUGGAUUGGAGCCAGGAAUUUAAAGACUGUGCAGUGAUGCAGCCAAACCAGAACAUUUUGGUUGCGUGAAAUAGGCAGCAGGAGGAGAAGCCCUCUAAAUGGAGCGGCUGGCAGGCAACUUCUCCUCUGGAUGCAGCAUGAAUCGCUUUGAAAACGCAGGCUUCAAAUCCACCUUUCAAGGUUUGUAACUCUGCUCAUUACCUUAAUCUCAGGAAUGACCAAUUCUGACUUUACCAACCUGGAGCUAUGUCAUCUGUGAGCAGGUCCAUUGUUUAUAAGAGCCUUCGUGUAUUCUUAAAUAGAGACUGGCAUGAGUGAGAGAGGCUUACAGCCAUAUUACCCUGAACAUGCUCAAUCUUGGAAGCUAAGCAGGGUCAGGCCUGGCUAGUACUUGGAUGGGAGACUGCCUGGGAAUACUGGGUGCCGUAGCGUAGAAGAAGGCAAUGGUGAACCACCUUUGAAUACGUCUUACCAUGAAAACCCUAUGAAUAUAUACAAAAAAGAUUCAUAGGAUUGCCAUAAGUCGUAAUUGACUGGAAGGCAUAUAACAUCAACAGCGAGUGAGAGAUGCCCGUAAUGGUACUGUAAGGGAAGGUAUUCAUGCAGGGGGGGAGAACCUGUGGAGCUCCAGAUGUUGUUGGGCUCUAACUCCCAUCAGCCCCAGCCAGCAUGCCUGAUUGAGAUGAUGGGAGUUGUAAUCCAACAAUAUCUGGCCGAAGGUUCUCUUAAUGGAAGACAGAAGUGCUUCCAGGGCACUUUGAUCAUGAAUCAUGCAAUCUUCCUCUGACGUUAUACUGCUGAUACAAAUAGGUAACUUAUGAGUCAUUAUCUUCAUGUGCCAGCUCUGAAAAUGUAUUGAUGGGCUCUCAUGGUUUUUAAGAUUGAUACAGAUUUUCUAAUUAACAGUCUCAGUAUUUCACAACUCAGAACAAUCCCUUAUUAAUUUGCUCAGCAAAGU